CGCAUGCGCGCGUCCGGGACGUCGCCCAUUCAUGUCGUUCUCUCAGCGGACAUGACGAAUUCGUGCUUUCCGGGCUUUCAGCGUAAAUAAAUCUCGACGGUCAGUCGCAUUCGAUUCCGGUGACGUGUCCCCCCCCGCGACACAUUAUUUACGAUAUAAAUAUUUUUAUCAAUGAACACGCCGCGCAGUUGGCCACGAAUCUGAUCUAAUCUGUCGCUGAACGAACACGACACCGGCCGCCGUAAGCUACAGUGGAAUUUUACAGUUUUAUAAACGAUUGUUACUGCGGUUUAUAGCCCGUUGCGGCCGCGGUCCGCGGCAGUAUUCUUGCUUUCGACCGCUGCCAAGCCGGAAGUAAAACAAGAAGAAAGUACAAUGUUGGCUCUAUUUUUAGUAUUACUGUGCUCUUCAUUUAUUGUCGAUGCAGUCAACAGAGACAACUUCAAAAGAUGCGAUCAAAGCAGUUUUUGUCGGCGGUGCAGAAAGAUGGAAGCUGGAAAGACACCAUAUCAACUUUUGCCAGAUACUCUUGUACAGGAUGAAUUUAUGAUCAAUGUAGAAUUAUAUAAUAAGGAUACGAAUAUCUUCUAUGUGGUGAAGUUCAUCUCGUUGAAGGAUAAUACAUUUAGGUUACAUAUUAAUGAGAAACAUCCGCUACAUCCUAGAUAUGAAAAUGAGUAUGCACUUCAUGAUCAGCCACAAACAGUAAAGUUUGAUUCUGUGGAAAAGACUGCUGAGAGCAUAAUUGUAACAAAGGGUGAAAACAAAGCCAUUUUAUAUAUUAAUCCAUUUAAAGUAGACUUAUACUUCCAAGAUGUUUUAGCAAUAUCAGCAAAUGCUCGCGGCCUUAUGAGAUUUGAGCAUUUACGUAAUAAACCAGUAAGAUCAGAACAAAGUGAAGAUGCUGAAGCUGUGGAAACAAAUAAUAGUACGUUUCCUGGUGAUGGUGCUGAUAAUGAUCCUGGUGCUUGGGAAGAGAAUUUCAAAGAGCAUCAUGAUGCAAAACCAUUUGGGCCAGAGGCUGUUGCCAUGGAUUUUAGUUUUCCUGGAUCGGAACAUGCAUAUGGUGUGCCAGAACAUGCUGAUUCACUAGCAUUACAGUCAACCAAAUCUACUGAUCCAUAUAGACUGUACAAUUUAGAUGUAUUUGAGUAUGAAACAAACGAACGAAUGGCUUUGUAUGGUGCCAUUCCAAUUCUUUACGCUCAUGGAAAAGAAAGAACGUCGGGUGUUUUCUGGCACAAUACAGCUGAAACUUGGAUAGAUAUUUUAUCAAGUGCAGACAAUAAUGUCGUAGAAAGCAUCGUUAAUUUUGUGUCUAGAUCUAACAAAAAGCCCCAAGUAGAUGCUCAUUUCAUGUCCGAAUCCGGAGUCAUCGAUGUAUUCUUCAUGUUAGGUCCAAAGCCAUUCGAUGUGUUUAAACAAUACACUACUUUAACUGGUACAGCUCCUUUGCCGCAGAUGUUUACUCUGGGAUAUCAUCAGUCUCGUUGGAAUUAUAAUGAUCAAGAUGAUGUUGCUACGAUCGCCGAAAGUUUUGAUACACAUGACAUACCUAUGGAAGUUAUAUGGCUUGAUAUUGAGUACACCGACAGUAAGAAAUAUUUUACGUGGGAUUCACGAAAGUUUCCAAAUCCUCUUGAUAUGAUACGCAAUCUUACUGCUAAAGGGAGGAAACUAGUGGUCAUUAUCGAUCCUCAUAUUAAACGUGACAACAAUUAUUUCUUACAUAAUGAUGCUACUAAUUUGGGUUAUUAUAUCAAGAACCGAGAUGGUAAAGAUUACGAAGGUUGGUGCUGGCCUGGGUCCUCGUCAUAUUUGGACUUCUUCGAUCCGAAGGUCUUUGAAUAUUACGUCAAUCUAUACAGUUUGGAUAAGUUCCAUGGUACCACUAACGAUGUUUACAUUUGGAACGAUAUGAAUGAACCAAGCGUAUUCAACGGACCCGAAAUAACAGCACUGAAAGAUCUCGUUCAUUAUGGAGGUUGGGAACACAGAGAUGUCCACAAUAUAAAUGGACACGUGUAUAUUCGUGCAACGUAUGAAGCUUUAUUCCGUCGCUCAGGAGGUUCCUUGAGACCUUUCGUUCUGACCAGAUCCUUCUUCGCUGGAUCUCAACGUUACGCGGCGAUGUGGACCGGCGACAACACAGCCGACUGGAAUCAUCUCCGUGCAAGUUAUCCUAUGUGUCUUUCGAUGGCUAUAUCAGGAAUGUCGUUCUGCGGUGCCGAUAUCGCUGGUUUCUUCAAGAAUCCAGAUUCCGAAUUGUUCGUCAGGUGGUAUCAGGCGGCGGUGUGGCUGCCUUUUCUUCGUCAGCAUUCUCACAUAGAGACAAAGAGACGAGAACCGUGGACGUUUAACGAAGAGACUACGCAGGUAGUUCGCGAGGCACUCAGACUGCGAUACUCUUACCUUCCAUUCUGGUACACUCUCUUCAGAGAACAUGAAGUGAACGGUUCGCCCGUUAUACGUCCUCUGUGGGCGCACUAUCCAUCCGAAGCAGAAACCUUCACUAUUGAUGAUCAUUUGCUGCUCGGCGAUUCUAUACUCGUGCGUCCGAUAUUACAAUCCGGUGUCACGGAGGUAUCUGUCUAUUUCCCAGGGGAGGGCAAGUUGGCAUGGUAUGACAUCGAUACGAUGCAACCCUAUCAACAAGCAGGAUACGUCAAUAUACCGGUAACGAUCCACAAAGUACCUGUGUUCCAAAAGAGCGGUACUAUCGUCCCACGAAAGAUGAGGAUACGGCGCAGUACAGUCCCCAUGAAGAAUGAUCCUUAUACGUUGAUUGUAAUCGCCGACAGUAAUGGAAUGGCUAGCGGAAAUCUAUACAUUGAUGAUGAAGCCAGUUUUGAAUAUCGCCAUGGGAAAUAUUUAUACCUAAGAUUAAAUCUGACUGGCAACAAAAUAACUUCGACCCUAUUAGAUAAAUUAGCUUCAUACGAAACGCUAAGCUGGUUGGAAAGAAUAGAUAUAGCCAAUCCACCUCCAGGAAUCAAGUCUGCCCAGUUGGAAUCUCACAAUAUGGGAAAAGUAACUUUGGAGACUAAAUAUAAUCCAAAUAAUAACGUACUGACGAUACGUAAACCAGCUGUAAAUAUGGGCGAAGAAUGGACUAUUGAAUUAUUACGUUAGGAUUAUGAUUUUAUUCAUAAUCGACUCAGUAAUCGUAAUCGAUAAUGCCACUUUUUUAUUACUAUACAUGUUUCAGCUGUGAUCCGGGGAUUAUUAAUGUCUAUUAGAACGAAUAAGUAUACAAAAUUUAGCUGCUAUGAGAGCAAAAUGAUUGUUAUCUUCUUUGACAAGAUUAAAAAUUUGCUUGCAACAUUUAUCGGAUGUGCAAUUGAGCAGCAUAAUAUCGCGAAGCUGAGAAAUGUUUAUACAGAUAUUAUCCUCUUUGUAAUUUGCAACUUUAUUUUAUAUAAUAUGAUAAAAAAUCAAGAAUAAAGUAUAUAAAUAUUUCAGGCUAUAUUACAAUUGAUUAUAACAAAAAUAUUAUUUUACAUCAAAAGU